AUGGCAGCGACCGCCAGCUUCUCCCGGGAAGAGAAGUUCUGUUGCGGCUGUGGCAGAACCAAGAAGGUGGCGGAGUUUAACAGAAGGAGAGAGGAGGCAUUGGCUAGGUGCAUUCAAAUCGUGCCCAGGCCGCGGUGUGUCAACAUGCUGGCCGUUACGGACAUCAUUCUAGCCUUAAGCCGAAGAGGGGAGUUCUUCUUCCCCCCGUUCUUAUUGCAAGGCUUCAACACCGCGUCUCGGAGCGUGGAGAGGCUUGCGCCUUGUACCGUCAUACCGAGACUGCUGAGGGCUCCUGUACGUGAACGAGGUAGAGGAUCCGUCCGUAGAUAGUCGAGUAUCCUCCAGGUGACUAGGUUGAAAGCAGAUUGGCUGCCAUGCACGUGGGCUCACCCCUGUCAAAAGAUGUGAUGAAUGGCAUGUAGGGACGCAAUUCAAAGCAAGCACUCUGUCUUGAAGCUAGCGUGAAACUCUCUUGCUCGGACCCAAGUGCCACCUAUGCCGAUUGCAGCCCCU